UAUGUAAAGUAAAUGGAUUGGUCAUUUUUGAGAAUUGAAUAAAUUACGUUUUCUAGGUUUAAUUAAUAUGAGCUUAAAGGUUUUAGACCAUUGACCUGGAAGGUUGAUAUUCAUAAGUACUUUGUUUAAUUCUUUGCAACUUUCUCGUACAUUUGAAAACAAAAAUGUAUCUAAGGUUGCUUGUGGUAUUCUUCGUAUUACAAAUUUCACUUCAAGAAAGUAAUGUGCGCGAACUAGAUCUGGGAAAGUUAAUCGAGGACUAUUUGGCUAAAGAAAAUGUUCGCAGAGAAGAGUUCCUAAAUAAAAUAAACACUGAAAUUUUGCGAUAUAUUUAUGAACUGGAAAAUGAAAACAAGGGGAAGAGACGCAUUGAAGACAGUGCAGAUAAAAAUGUUUUGGAAAAAGUUCUUACGGAGGUUCCAUCUAUCCGAGAAAGCGCGAUGAGUAAGGAGUCUAACGUAAAUAAGGUGCAUAAUUCUUUGGAUAGCAAAUCAAGCAUUCGUUCUAUACCAACAGGUACAUUAAUUUUUCGUGGAAAAAAAGAAUCUAAUUCAAAUAACGAAAAUACAUCUGAGCAAGGUGCUCCAGGGAGUUUGCUGUUUCGAGGGAAAAAAGAACCUAAUCUAAAAGAAAAUUCAAAAAAUGAAACUGAAGCAUCUCACGGUGAGCGUCUUCAGCAAACAGAAAGAAACUUUUUGGUGAAAACAAAAGAGUAUAUUGAAAAACUUUUAAACUCAGGCGAAGAAAUUGUCUAGCUUUUUUGAAUAAAUAUUAAAAAUCUCACUAUAUUAAUACAAAAGAAACAAAAAUUAUUUAUUAA